AUGGCGUCCGGAAGAAAGGAUUUCCUGAGCCAGGCUGCGCCUGAAAACUAUGUCGCCGGUCUAGGUCGUGGUGCGACAGGCUUCACGACUCGCUCCGAUCUUGGCCCGGCGCGUGAAGGACCUACGCCCGAACAAAUCCAAGCUGCUCUCACCAAGAGAGCUCAACAACUGGGAGCUGCUGCGCCCACUGCUUACGGCAGUACUACACGCGAGAAAGGAGGGAAAGAGGAAGAGAAAGAGGAUGAUGAGCGGUUCCAAGACCCCGACAACGAGGUCGGACUGUUCGCGUACGGACAGUUUGACCAGGAAGACGAUGAGGCAGAUCGCAUCUAUCAAGAGGUAGACGAGAAGAUGGACAAGCGCCGGAGAGCUCGCAGGGAAGCCCGAGAAAAGGCCGAAAAAGAAGACUUCGAACGCAAGAAUCCGAAAAUCCAACAGCAAUUUGCGGAUUUGAAACGAACCCUCGCCUCCGUAUCCGAGGAGGACUGGGCCAACCUGCCGGAAGUUGGUGAUUUGACAGGCAAGAAUCGACGAGAGAAACAGAACAAUCGACAACGGUUCUACGCCGUCCCAGAUAGUGUUAUUGCUGGUGCAAGAGACUCGGCUCAGUACGAAACGACAAUUGCCGACGAUGGCACACAAACCAACGCCGGCGGAGAGAGCGCCGAUGGCACGAUGACGAAUUUCGCAGACAUUGGUGCUGCGCGUGAUAAAGUACUCAAAGUCAGGCUGGACCAGGCUGCGUUGGGUUCAUCCGCCGAUACAGCAUCUGGCAGCGCCACAAACAUUGAUCCCACUGGCUACCUGACCAGUUUGACACAGUCAGAAACCAAAGCCGGUGAAGUUGAGGUGGGUGAUGUCAAGCGAGUCCGAACUUUGUUGGAAUCUGUCACCAAAACCAAUCCCAAGCAUGCCCCCGGCUGGAUUGCUCUCGCUCGUCUCGAGGAGCUUGCUGGUCGGCAGGUAGUUGCUAGAAACCUCAUGGCCAAAGGAUGUGAACUUUGCCCAAAGAGUGAAGACGCAUGGAUGGAGAAUAUUCGACUCAACGAAGGUCAUAAUGCAAAGGUCAUUGCAGCAAACGCCAUCAAGAACAAUGACCGUUCUACAAGACUCUGGACCGAGGCCAUGAGAUUAGAAACGGACACUCGUGCUAAGAAGAAUGUCCUCCGACAAGCUAUUUUGCACAUUCCUCAAUCGGUGCAGAUCUGGAAAGAGGCUGUCAAUCUGGAGGCAGAUCCCGCCGAUGCGCGUCUAUUGCUGGCCAAGGCCGUUGAGAUCAUUCCCCUUUCAGUCGAGUUGUGGCUUGCCCUGGCUCACCUUGAAACCCCGGAAAAUGCACAGAAGGUGUUGAACGCUGCCCGCAAGGCAGUCCCCACAAGCUACGAAAUUUGGAUUGCAGCAGCUCGACUUCAGGAGCAGAUGGGCACUUUCGAUAAAGUCAAUGUCAUGAAGCGUGCUGUCCAAUCUUUGGCUCGAGAAAACGCGAUGCUGAAAAGAGAGGAGUGGAUCACAGAAGCCGAGAAAUGUGAAGAAGAAGGUGCUGUUCUCACUUGCGGUGGUAUCAUCCAAGAGACCCUCGGAUGGGGGCUGGACGAGGAUGAUGACCGCAAAGAUAUCUGGAUGGAUGACGCAAAGUCCAGUAUUGUUCGUGGUAAAUAUGAGACUGCACGGGCCAUUUAUGCAUAUGCUCUGCGUGUCUUUGUCAAUCGCCGAUCAAUCUGGCUCGCAGCAGCAGACCUAGAGCGUAAUCAUGGCAGCAAAGAAGCACUCUGGCAACUUCUAGAGAAGGCAGUCGAGGCUUGCCCUCAGAGCGAGGAGCUCUGGCUCCAGCUUGCCAAAGAGAAAUGGCAAUCUGGAGAAAUCGACGAUGCUCGACGAGUCCUCGGUCGUGCCUUCAACCAAAACCCCAACAACGAAGAUAUUUGGCUGGCGGCUGUCAAGCUCGAGGCUGAUGCCAAGCAAACCGACCAAGCUAGAGAACUUCUGGCCACCGCUCGUCGUGAAGCCGGUACUGAUCGUGUGUGGACCAAAAGCGUCGCCUUCGAGCGACAGCUGGGUAAUACCGAUGAUGCUUUAGACCUGGUUAACCAAGGUCUCCAGAUCUUUCCCAAGGCUGACAAGCUCUGGAUGAUCAAGGGACAGCUCUACGAAGCUCAAAAGAAAUUCCCACAAGCACGCGAGGCAUACGGAACAGGCACUCGAGCCUGCCCCAAGUCCGUCGCACUGUGGUUGCUCGCCUCACGGUUGGAAGAAAAAGCCGGUGUUGUUGUCCGGGCCCGUUCUGUCCUUGAUCGGGCCCGUCUGGCCAUUCCUAAAAGCCCCGAGCUCUGGGUUGAGAGUGUACGUGUUGAACGUCGUGCCAACAACAUCACUCAGGCCAAGGCCUUGAUGGCGCGUGCGCUCCAAGAAGUUCCGUCGUCGGGUCUUUUGUGGAGCGAAAGCAUCUGGCAUCUUGAGCCUCGCGCUCAGCGCAAGGCUCGUAGUCUAGAGGCCAUCAAGAAAUGCGAAAAUGACCCGGUCUUGUUCAUUGCUGUGGCCCGCAUUUUCUGGGCUGAACGUCGGCUGGACAAGGCUAUGACGUGGUUCGAGAAGGCGAUUGUGUCGGACAGCGAUUAUGGUGACGGUUGGGCUUGGUACUACAAGUUCCUUCUGGAACAUGGUGUUGAGGAGAAACGGUCAGACGUUGUGUCAAAGUGCACUACGAUGGAACCUAAGCACGGCGAGUUCUGGCAGUCCAUUGCAAAGGACCCGGCCAAUGCGUACAAGUCCACCGAGGAGAUUCUGUAUUUGGUUGCAGGUGCUAUCAACUAG